UCCCGCGCAGCAUCCUAAAUCAUGGUCACCGCACACACACACCCACAGUGUUGAUCGCGCUACCAUCUGCAACGUCGCACAAAAUAUAAAAAUAAACUAAUAAUAAAACUAAAAACCGCAACAUAUCGUGCUUAAGGUAUCAAACAAAACGAAAAUCAUAUCAAAUUACGAGCGAAUCCGUUUUAUUCAUGAAAAUACUUAGUGAGCGAAUUCUUCUGUGAUUUAACGUGCAAAAUAGUUUUCAUUGCGAUAAAAUGAACCUCUAUUCCUUUUCUGACAACAAAAUAGAUGACAUGGAAUAAGUGGAAAAAGGUAUCACGUAUGGGCAGUUUACCAGACCUGACGGAGCGGUCCCGCCCGGCGCCACGCAUCGCCGUUCGAACCGUGUCCGACCCCCACAGGAAUCGGACUAUUAUUACUCAGAUACCAGUGAACGCAAUAUAUAAGAAAGAUUGGCCAUGGAGGAAAUCGAAGACCCCUAUUCGAGUAGGCCCCGCCGUAUCUGCCAGAAGACGAGAAUCGGCUGCUUCUUCUCUUGGCGCCGCAUCAGUCCGGAGACUUCUGGCUCGCCCACCCCAAAAACUACCCAGGACUUUAGUGCACAGAUUCACCCUUUUGUGUAUUUCGAGUGGUCUUUGUGCCACAGCCCUACAUCCAUUCACAGCAUUCGCUGGAGCAGAAGCCGGUUCCCUACCUUUAGCCAUAAUGCACUCGAUAGCGGCUAUAACAGCCCCAUUCGCACCUCUAAUACUACAGAAGACUGGUAACAGGAUAGUAAUAACUGUAGCUCACAUACUGGUGUUUAUUCUUCUAACGGCGCACACAGUGGCCACUCCUCUGUCUGUUCUUCUGUUUCUCUACGCUUUGUGUGGGCUGAGUCUAUCACCAAUGUCUCUAGCUCUUGCAGCCUCGGCCAAUUCUUUAGCGCAGGCGGCGGGUGAUGAAAGUAGACGAAAAAUAGCUUUGAGACGGGCACUGAGGGCUCUGAGAGCGGCUCACGACUUGGGUCUGGUGUUUGGGUCUCUCCUUCUUGGUGCAGCGCUAAUUAUUUGGCCCGAAAAUGUCACUCAACAAACUGAUGCUCCCUUGAAUAUGACAUUAUCACAGUGGUCGUCUCCUGUAGAUGAUUACUUUUUGGAGGACAACUAUGAGGAAACCACGUGUGGUGCCGCUGGCUGCCCCGACACGCAGUCCACUAUCGGUAUAGUCCUCAACGCUGAUGGACGAAGGGUCCUCGUAGCUGUCUGGGCAUUUGUAUCAUUAUCAUCGAUAGGACUAGGAGUGUACGGAGCUCCAUCAAGUCCAGCGCCACCACCGGAUGCCCGUUCCAUUUUUAGGGAUCCAAGGGCACUUCUUGGAGCUCCUAUGGGCUUGUUUAUAGGUCUACAGCAAGGGUUUAUAUACACUUCUUACAUUAAGUGGUACGGAGUAUGUGUGGACGGUUGGUGGUGUGCAUGGCGGGCCUUAGUCGGUGCUGGAGCGUUCCAGGCUCUUGCAGCUGGUACUCUAAGUAUGGCUGCGGCUAGAGGUCGCCGAGGGGCUUUAGUGGCUGGAGGAGGAGCUGCACAUGCAAGCCUCGUGCUAGCUCUGCUAAGGUGGAGGGCCGCUAGAACUGAUCUUGCGCUACCAGCACUCGCAGCCGCUGCGUGGGGCGCUUGUUCAGCACUUUGGGAUGUCUUACAGGGUGGUCUUUGCAUCGGCGGCCCAGGGUGGCGGGGUCCUUGGUCUGUAGUGCUGUGCGCCCGGCACACAGGAUUGGCCCUCGCGUGUGCAGCGAGACACUCGCUGUGCGUAAGGACGCAGCUACCUGCAUUAGCAGCAGCGUUGGCGGCAGCCCUGGCAUCUCACACUGCACUUGAGAUUCGAAUGAGGAAAGGUGAGGCCAACCGUCAUAGAUCCUAGCGAAGACCCACGGCAACCCAGCUGGCACCUCUAGGGAAUCCGGCAGACGAAGAAGUCGAGGGUUGCCAUAUCAUCAGUUAAGCUUGGACUUUUUCAAGGUGUUCAAUGUUCUUAUGUCACGUUGUUUGUCGGUCGAGAGUGAAAAACUACAUGUUUAGGUGAUCUACUUAGACUGGUUUUAUAACAGUUGGACAAUUACUUGACGUGGUUUACUUGUGUGUUAGUUAUAGUUUAUGUAACACUCUAUCUUGUUGACUAUGCAAUCUUCAAUAAGUCCCAUCCUUCUAUGAUAUCUACUGCUACAACAUAAUUGCUUCAAUCUACGUAGAGAAUGAAACUUCAAGAGCUUUUUGUAGUGUCAUAUUUUUUUGGGUCGAUAAACAGAAAGUCUGUCAAAUAAUAUUAAAGGGCUAUCCGUGUUGGUAGACGACACCACAAAAAGCCGUUGACUGCCUUGCAAAGUGUCAAUUGCAUCAGAUAUACCAAAAUGCAGAAUUGUGUAUCUAAAAAUUUAAUGUUAUUUCGUAAAAUAGCUGGAGAACAAUUAGGGUAAAACUUUUCAAUUACAAAUGAAUUUACUAACACAUCAACGUAAUCAGAUAAGAUAAGAUUAUAAAACUAAGAAUUUUACUAUUCUAUUCCUUGUUGUAUUGAUUGAUAUUUAUACUAAAUUAU